GGAACAUCACUGUCUUUCGCUUUUGUGGAUCCAUGCUGCCGGGGUUUGAUUAUGGCUCGGGUUUCUUUUCUUUUUUUUUCUUUUUCUCCUAUUCUCAAGCUCGUACUGGCCUAGCGGGCCCACACCAUGACUGCAUUUUGGAGCUCAACCUAUAGCCAGGGAGUGCGUUCUAACAGAUGCUCGUAUAGAUACGAAGAUGGGGAAGUUCGGAGGUAUGGAGCGGGCGAAUCCUACCGACCGUACAACAGAGAUCGGUCGCCUCGGGCCACUCGCAGUCCCCUGAGAGACCGAGGUCGUACUCCGCCCGGCGCCAGCGACAGUUAUGUUCCAAGUAGAUCCCCACGCCGCCGUUCGCGUAGUGGUGACCGGCUGGGUGAUCGUAUAGGAGAACGUGGAGGAGAUCGUGUGGGAGACCGUUUGGUCGAUCGUAUCGGAGAUCGUGUAGGCGAUCGCCUGGCUGAUCGCGUUGGGGACCGGCUGGGAGAUCGUCUCGGAGACCGUCUAGGAGACCGUCUAGGAGACCGCAUUCGUGACCGCAUGGGGGACCGUGUCAGCGAUCGUAUGGGAGACCGUAUGCCAGACCGUUUGGGAGAUCGCAUGGGAGAUCGCAUGGGAGAUCGCCCAGGCGGAAUGGGUGACCGGUACAGGCGCCCGCGAGAUAGGUCCAGGGAACCGGAGAACACUUGGAGAAGACAAGAUCGUAGCAGGAGCCGCCCUCGCAGCCCUCCUCCUCGCAGCCCUUCACCACCAAGACGGAGUCCCCCUCCUAGGAGAAGCCCUCCGCCCAGAUUUGCCUCUCCCCGUCGCGAUGAGCGACCUGAGAGGGCUCGAUCACCUCCUCGGCGGGAUUUCGAAAUACGGAGAAGAUCCAGGUCACCAUUUGACAACAGAGACAGACUUCGCCGGAAUCGCUCACCACUGAGAAGGACACCACCUGUUGGACCGCGAGGAGGAUCUUAUCGUCCUCGGUUCCGAUCUCCCGAACGCCGUGUCCGUGACCAGGACGAUCGUUAUCCAGGCCCUGCCUAUCGACGCCCGGCUUCACCCCCGCCGCCCAGAGAUUCAGUUAACUCAUCUGCCAUUGCGUCUCGCUCUGCGUCAGGCAAAUCUUCGCCGCGUCCGGGCUCUCGCCAAAGAAGAGCUGACCGAUCAAGACCUCAAUCACCGGCACCGGCACCGGCACCGGCACCGGCGUCGGUACAGGCACAGACAGAGGCACCUACACCUGCACCGCGAUCCCCUCCACAACCGGCCGCGCCUACUCCUAUUCCUGUGCGUGAGACACCCAAGCAAGAGCAACGGCAACCGGCACCAGAACCAGCUCCCACUCCCACUCCCGUUAAGUCGCCCCCUAGAGGCCCAGCGGCUUUGAGAGCACCACCCACCGGUCCUGCGGCAACCAGGAACCUGGCACCGCCUGCAGCGCCAUCAGCAAGCCCUGCAACUCGUCAUCCUCCUCAGACUCCCAGCGGUCCGUCCCGACCCGACACCUCCAGUCCGCCCGUACCACCCUCGGGACCCCGUGGCUACGUGCCUCCCCCUCGAGGAGGCGGUUUCGUGCCCCGCGGAGGACGUGGAGGAAACAGCUGGUCAGGCAUCUCCCGUCACAAUGCUGCCGCCAACAGCAACACCAACGGUCCCGCCGCAUCGGUCUCGCCCUCCUCCGGCCCGCCCACCGGUCCCAGCAACGCCAACAACAUCCCCACCGGCCCUCGCGCGUCCGCAGCUGCUACAUCAUCCGCCUCCGCCUCCGCAGCCGCAGGAGGCGUCGCCUCCACCUCCUCCCCCUCUCCCUCCCUCAGCAGCUCCGCAAAGCCCUUCAACCCACCCACUGGCCCAGCCGCCCACGCCCACUCCCAUGGCCACCACGGUCCGCGUGGCCAUCAGCAGUCCCUCACCCUCGCGCAAUCCCUCAUGUCCAGCAUGCCCCCGCUCAUCCCCGGCGUCGGCAAGCUGGACCCGUCGACCGGCUCGGCCAUGUUGACGGGCGUCACCAAGGACCUGGACCCGCACCACCGCAAGCUGAUGGAGGAUGAAGAGAGAAUUAGGGAGGAGUUGAAUGCGAAGAAGGAGAAGCUGAGGAGGAGCUUGAGGAUGUGGAGCAAGAUGGAGAGGGAGAGUAAGGCGUUUGAGUUGAAGAGCGAUUUGAGUGAGAGAAGUCUGAAGAAUUUGGCGGGGGAGGGGUUGGGGGGUGCUGCUUUUUAGUAGUAUCGGACUGGGUUGUUCGUUUGUCAUGAUUCUCUGGCUUGUCGCUCAGUACGGGUCGGUCGCUGAGUUGUACGGUUUGAUCUGCUCUUCUGGUUCAUUCUGAAAAUCUAUGGUAUGGGAGCAUACAAAUAGACGGUUCAUUUGGUUUGGUGGUACUAGACUAGUACGGCAAAUGCAUGGAUGGGUUUCGACAAUGGUUUCAGGAGGUCUGGUUCACCAACAU